UUCCGGUUCCGGUAGUACCGGGAUCCCUGUCGAGAUGGAGGAAGAUGCGACCCGACUUUGGCUGUCGCUGGAAAUGGAGGGUCGAGUGGGGGCUGCGGCCUAGAAGUCCGGGGUUGGAGUUGUCCUCAGACUCGGCUGAACUGGCGGAGUCUGAGAAGGUAAGAACCGACGGUGCUAGGGUGCCUUGAGGGAUCAGGGGACCGUAGGACCGAGGCUUGUCAAGGAGGCGGCGAAUGUCUGCGCGCGGCGCCGCAUUGCCAUGGGAGGCAAACCUGCACUUUUGGGAGCGAAGGGCAAGUCCAGCGAGGCGUCACUUACUGGCAGAGGAGCGUGAGUGACUGACAACCAAAGAAGCAUGGCGAGGGGUAUGCCCGAGGACCGUGAACUGGCUGUACGGGAACCGGACCGAAGGUCUUCAGAUACAAUGGAGGACAAGCGCAACAUCCAGAUCAUCGAGUGGGAACACCUAGACAAGAAGAAGUUUUAUGUGUUUGGUGUGGCGAUGACAAUGAUGAUCCGGGUCAGUGUGUACCCGUUUACCCUCAUCCGUACCCGGCUGCAGGUUCAAAAGGGGAAGAGCCUCUACCAUGGGACCUUUGACGCCUUUGUCAAGAUCCUGAAGGCAGAUGGUGUGACUGGCCUGUACCGGGGGUUCCUGGUCAACACCUUUACACUCAUCUCUGGUCAGUGCUAUGUUACCACUUAUGAGCUUACCCGGAAAUUUGUAGCUGACUAUAGCCAGAGUAACACAGUCAAAUCACUGGUGGCUGGUGGCUCAGCCUCCCUUGUGGCCCAAAGCAUCACAGUGCCCAUUGAUGUAGUCUCCCAGCACCUGAUGAUGCAGCGCAAGGGUGAGAAAAUGGGUCGCUUCCAAGUUUGUGGAAACCUAGAGGGACAAGGGUUAGUUGCUUUUGGCCAGACUAAGGAUAUCAUCAGACAGAUCCUGCGCGCUGAUGGGCUUCGAGGCUUCUACCGAGGUUAUGUGGCCUCACUGCUGACAUAUAUCCCAAACAGUGCUGUCUGGUGGCCCUUUUAUCACUUCUAUGCAGAGCAGCUGUCGUACCUGUGUCCUAAGGAGUGCCCUCACAUUGUCUUUCAAGCCAUCUCUGGGCCCCUGGCUGCAGCCACUGCCUCCAUCCUCACCAAUCCUAUGGAUGUCAUCCGAACCCGUGUGCAGGUUGAAGGCAAGAGCUCCAUCAUCCUGACCUUCAAACAGCUGAUGGCAGAAGAGGGGCCUUGGGGCCUCAUGAAGGGCCUCUCAGCCCGAAUCAUUUCAGCUACACCAUCCACCAUCGUCAUUGUGGUGGGCUAUGAGAGCCUCAAGAAACUCAGCCUCCGACCUGAGCUGGUGGACUCAAGACACUGGUAGCCAGUAGUGGGCAGAGAAACCUGCAGUUUCACACGCUACUCUGGGCCAGAGCAGAGUAGGGAGGAUAUUGCCCUGGUGAAUGCUCCCACCACAUACCCAGCCUGCCCUGGGCCAAGUGGCCUGUUGGGGACAAGGAAGAGACUUUGAAUUGCUCUUGCUGAUGAGGUUCUGGGCCUGGGUCCCUUCCCCACUUUCUAUUUCUCCUGUCCAACUGGGCUCCCUCAUUCAGCCCUUUUGCUCAGCCUUGGCUCGAAGACCUACCCACUCUAACCCUGUUGACGCCUUGCUGGUUUCCCUUUCCACCUGCCCCUGUGGCCUCAAGAAAAGCUGUUCAUAGACCUUGCUUACUACCACUGGAUCUUCCUUCUGGGACUUCAGCCAAGCCGCUAAGCAGCUGCCCACUGUUCUACUCUGCUUUGCCCUGCCUUUUGGGGACAAAUUGAAGCAGCAAGAGCCCCUGGCUCUGCAGAGUAUUCAUCUUUGGGAGUUACUCAGAGGGAGAAAUGCUGAGGCUUUACUUUCGUGUGUAUUUGAACAUCUGUGACCCAGUCAAUUAAUCCUGAUAAAGCACCAGUCCUGCUGUCAGAACUACUCUCUUUAAUCUCUUCACUGCUCUUUCAGGCAGGGGAACCUGUAGAUAUGGGCUGUUGGCCUCCCUUGGCCCAGGUGGCUACAGUAGAGGGCACAAUUCUAAGUAGAUCAGGUUUGCUGGAGUACACUGUGCUUGGAACAUUACCCUAAGCCAGAGAGAGUAGGUGGCUUGGAAAGUGACAAGAGGGAGUAUGUUCUCCACUAUUAUCUCUUCAGACCAGCUGAGCCAAGCCCAGGAGAGGGCAGUGGAGGUUCUAAGCCCCAAGCAACAAUGCCAUACACAUACCUGUCACUCAGACUUAUGGCAACAAUCUCACAAUGGGAUUCUUUUGAGAUUAUGACCUGUCUUUGUUUUUCUGCUUCCUGGAUGUGAAGUGUCAUCUCAGUCAUGGUAUCCCUGUGCUUGCUAUAGAAUAAUGAGCAGUCAGGAAGUCACCCAAUGCAAGGACCACUGCAUUUGCCAGCCUGAUACUGCCGAGAUUGUCUGUUGAAGCGCCCCUCAGGAGCUAGGAGAUGGGGCUUCUUCCUCCCUGCCUCAUCUUCCACACCCCUGCCUCCACUAAGCCUGUGUUUCAGGCAGAGAGGUGCAUGCAGCAAGUGGAAACGGAAGAAGGCAGUCAAAGCUGCCUUCCUGCUUGAGACAUUUGGCCUGGAUGACUCUUUAAACCUUUUUAGUGGUCCCAUCUCUUGGGAAAUGCCAUGGUGCCAAUCUGAAAGGUGCUAGCUAACUGAAGCCUUGAUGUUCCUUAUGGCUGCCCCACAUUGUUCCAUUCUGGCUAAUCAGAAUCUAAAACUAUUUAUCCUUACCUCCAAUACUAAUCUUAGUCCAUUUUCUUUUUAAUUCCUUGUUUCUUUCUACAUUUUGGUAUUUUGUUUUUGAGGCAGGGGUCUCAUAUAUUCCAGGCUGGCCCUGAACUCAAGA